AUGAUGGACAAAAGUGAAGAAGAAAUUCUUAAACUUAAAAAAAUCGCUACACUUCUUAAAAAAGAAUACAACAAACUAAAAGAAGAAAAUGAACUCCUGAAAAAAAACAACGAUCAAAAUAAAGAACAGAAAUGGGAACCUUCUGAAGAAAAUUAUGAACCAGCUAGCGAAAAGUGUGAAACUUUAGAUGAAAAUUAUGACCAGUCAGGUGAAAAAGAGGACGUUUUGGUUGAAAAUAGCUUGGAUAGAGUUAAAUGCAUAAAAAGCAAUGAGCUAUUGAUGAGUAGAUUAAAGAAUGAGAUGAAUAGAAGAAUAAUAUUAGAAAAGAAUUAUAAAAAGUUGAAAGAGUUUACUAUAAUAUUAGAAGAAAGAUAUCGAAAUGAGAAAAAUGUGAGUAGAGAAAAGUAUAAGGAUAUAGAAGAUAAAUUAGAAGAAUGUAAUAAGAAUUUGAAAAAAAGUAAAAAUGAGAAUGAGCUAUUAAUAGGUAAAAUAAAAGAGAAGGAUAUAAUAAUAUAUAAAUUGAAUAAAAAGAUAGAAGAAAUUCGUGUAUAUUUAAAAGGUGAUAAAAAUAUACAUUCAAUAGAGAAUCAGAUAGAUGAGAUGAUUGGAUAUAAAUUAGAAAUAAAAAAAUUAAAAGAUAAUUUAGAAAUAUGUAAAAAGACGGAAGAAAUAACGAUAAAAGAAAGACAUCAAUAUAAAAGUAUGAUCAUGUUAUGUUCUCAAUAUAAGGAGAAAUGUAAAAAAAUUCCAAUUUUAGAAAGUAAAAUAGAUAUUUUAGAAAGUGAAAUAAAAGAAUUACAAUUAUAUAAAAUAAAAGAUACAGAAAAUAUACAACUUGUAAAAGAAUUAAAAGAUGAAAUAUUAAAUUAUCAAAUUGAAAAUAAUAAAUUGAAUGAACAAAUAAAUGAAUGGAAAAAUUUCUCAAAAUUAUAUAUAAAUAAUAAUUCCAUAGAUAUAGAUAAUUUAAAAAAAACAAUGAAUGAUAUACAUAAUAAAUAUAAUCAAGUGAAUUUAAAAAAAACCGAUUUAGAAGUUAAGUAUAAAAAAUUGUCAAUGGAUGUGCAGGUACAAAAGAAUCACUUGAAUGAUAAAAUAUUAGAAUUAAAAAUUAUGCACAAUCGAAAUAAGCACUUGGAAAAAAAAAUUGAAUUUAUAAAAAUGGAUUAUAUGUACCAACUUGGUAGGUAUAAGGAUAAGCAAAUGAAAAACGACAACUUGCAUGUUCAUUCCAAAAAUGAGGUUGAAAGGAAUGAAAAUAUUGGGCAUAAAUAUAGUGACAUAAAAUGUGAUGGUAAUUAUAAAGACAAAGAUGAUGAUGAUAAUAAGGGUGAUGAUAAUAAUAAUAAUGAUCAUAAUAAUGAUCAUAAUAAUGAUCAUAAUAAUGAUAAUGAUAAUAAUGAUGAUCGCCAUAGUGAUGAUCCUAUGUUGACACAAAAUUACAAAUGCAAAUAUGAAUUUAUCGAAAAAGAUAAUAAAGAAAAAGAAAAAUUAAUAGAAGAAUUAAAGGAGAAGUUAGAAAAGUAUAAAAACGAAUAUGACCAAUUUAUUUUGAAGCAAAAAAAUGUAGAAAUAUGUUCACAAGAAUUAUUGUUAUACGAAAAAGAGAUAACAUAUUUAAAGGAGGAAAUUGAAAAUUAUAAAAAUAAAAUAGUAAUAUUACAAAAUGAUAUUAUACAUGUGAAUAAUCAAUGGUCUGAGGAUAAUAAGAAAAAUGAAAUGUCCAUCAAAGAGUUGAAAGAAGUUAUAAAGAAGAUACAAUUUGAUGCAAAAAUUAAUAUGAAUAAUAACAAGAGUGAUGUAAUAAAUAAUAUGAAUAAUAACAAGAGUGAUGUAAUAAAUAAUAUGAAUAAUAACAAGAGUGAUGUAAUAAAUAAUAUGAGUAGUGAUCACAUAAAAAAUGAUCAUAUAAAAAAUGAUCAUAUAAAAAAUGAUCAUAUAAAAAAUGACCAUACAAAUAUUAAUCAUACAAAUAUUAAUCAUAUAAAGAGUGAUAUUGUACAUGGUGAUAAUAUUGUUUACUCGAAUAAUUCUGAACAUUUAAAUAAAUAUACAGAUGAAGGAAAGAGAAGCCCACAAUUUUUUAACCCCUAUGAUAAAGAUUUAUAUAAUCUUUUAUACACAAAUUUGGACGAUACAAAAAAUAUGGAACAUGUGGAAUUAAUUAUGUUGAAAAAUGAAAAUCUUUAUUUAAAAUCGAAAGUAGAAAUUAUGAAAUUAUUUUAUACUAAUCAAAUAAAAACAUUUAGAGAAGCCUUUUUAUAUAUAUUAGGAUGGGACAUCAAAAUUGAGCAAAACGAUGAAGAAAUAUUUUUCAUCUUAACUUCUCUCUUUUCAACACAUGAUGGGAAAUUUGUUUUUAUAAAAAAAAAAAGUAAUAAUGAAAAGCAAGAGGAAAAUAAAACUAGCCUUUUACCAAAUAAGAGAAAUAUACAUGAUAUUAUUCAUCAUGAUGAUCAUGUCUUAAAAAAAGAAAAAGUAAAAGAUAAUUAUGGAUUAUAUGAUCAUCCAAGUGACGAUUUAUAUUUAAAUAAUAUAAAUGGAAAUAAAGAUAAGGAAAAAGAAAACGACAUGAAAAAUGAUAUGAACAUUAAUAAAUUAAAUUAUAAUCAUUUAGAAGAAGAUUUACAUUUCUAUGAAGAUAUUAUGGAUGAAAAAAAUGAAAUAAAUACUGAUAAAAUUCUUCAAAAAACAGAUAUAGAAAAUACAAAUAUAAAUAUGUCUACCAUUAUGAAAGGAACUAAAUAUAAUUUAUUAUUAAAUGGUUAUUAUAGUAUAAAAUGGAAACAAAAUAUAGAAUGGAAAAAUUAUCUAAAUAAAAUUAAUACAUAUCCCAUAUUGUUAUCUCUGUUAUCUAUAGAAGAAUAUAAUAAUAUUAAAUUACAAUAUAAUAAUAAUCUUAGUAAAAACUUUAAAGGUAUGUUAUUCAAAAUAUGA